AUGCCGGAACACACGGUCGAAUGCACCUUCAUCAUCGAGCCACCGGUCAAGGUACAAUGCGGUGGCUCUCUAUACCCGCCGUUUUUGCUGCAAUUAUCCAAGACGGGAGACGAUUCUCAGAGCACGUACGUGGCAAACAUUACUUUGUUGAAUGAGAAUGAUGAGAAUGUCAGCGAUGCUCUUCUAGGGCCGAAGAGCGCGCAAGGGGGGUUCCGGCCCGACUCCGAAGGCAGCUACCUCUUUGCCUUUCCGGAGUCGCAGAUCUCGACGGAGGGCACAUUUCACCUGCGUGCCGACAUUUACAAAAUGGAGCAAGGCCUCCGUCUGGUCACACAGGUGUCGAGCAGGGAUAUAGACGCGACAGGAAACACGGUGCCUCGUGCUAUAGCAACACCCGAAGAGGAAGAGAAGAUGGAAAUCGCCAGAGAAGCCGGCGCGCUUAAAUGA